UCGAGGCCGGUAAUUCAACACAACGGAGAAACGCUUGAUCCCUGUGCUAUCCAUAAAUACGUACAUUCUCAUGGAGCACCACUAUAGUCUAUCAAUAAAUCUGGCUAUGCCAAACAGUUUUCCUCCUUACUUGUUAUGAUGCGUUUGUGUAGAACAAGAAAGGCCCAAAACGCUCGACGCCGGCUGCAAUGGCAAUAUUGGCCUUUUUAGCCGGAUGAUAAUUCUCCCAUAACGAUCUAUCACAGCUGAUGCCGGCUUGUUAAGUACCACAGGAAUGGCGGUCGGAGUUUUGACAGGUUAAUUCACCGUCAGUCUCCCUUACGCUGUAUACGCUACCGUUGACCAACGUAAUCCUGAAUUAUUAACGGGAAAGAUCGUAGUUAUCGACACGAGCGGAAACACCGGCGGAGUGUAUCAAGUAUAUUGCGAAUUCGGAAGUGCUUCGGUGACGAAAAAGUAAAUUCUUAUGCGUUCACCGUUUACAUGCAUUAUUCCUCGUCGUACAAAGCAGAAAGGGGAGCAGAGCGCAAUUACACUACACGUUUUAGUUUCCAUUACAAGACACUCGCUUGACACCGGCCGGUGAUUCCAUCAUUGAUCAUUGCUCGGCAAUUGCCGUGUCGGCUGUAAUUAUGAUCAUUACACGUCCACUGGAUUAUUACCCAUCUAGCCCAUCAUCCAGCUGAACGCGCUCUUGCCACUUUCAAUUCCCCCGGCAUCCACCCUGGCCCGUAGAGUGCGCCCGCGCGGCCUCUCGCAUUUCUCCCCUGUUAUAUCGAUAAUUCUGGGAAUUCCUGGUCUUUUAUCCGUCUGCCGCAUCCCCCACAUUCCGCUAUGCUGACCUAUCAUGCCGGCACGGAUGCCGCUGUGUUUCAUCCUCCUGAUCUGGUUGUUUGUCGGCCCGGUCUGUCCGCAGCCGUUGCAACGGCUGAACAUCCUCACCAUCUUGAAUGAGGCCACCUUCGCCACCGAUCAGCAGGUCUUUGCGCGGGCGCUCAACGCCAAGAACGCCGAGCUGCAGCGCCGGUAUGCCGGUGUCACGCUGCACAGUACGGAGCUGGCGGUGAGCGGGAGUGGUCGCAGCAGCGGCGUGGCCGGUCUGUUGCGGACGCUGUGCAGUAGUGCGGAGACGACGUCCGCCGCCUGGCUGGCGGUUAUCAGUCUGGCGGAACCGGCCACGCUCUUUACCGCGGCCAUGGCCGGUCAGCAGCUGGCACUUCCGGUCCUGGGUUAUGUCAACACGCUGCAGCCGGAAAUGUUUCGGGAUAUUGCUCCUGACUAUUACGUCCCCAUCAACCCCAACAGCGCCCACAUCGCACAAGCUGUUGCCGUCUUCCUGCGGGCCCAGCGCUGGGACAUCCUGGCAACGGCCUUCAUCGACUUCACCGCCGCCGGCCGGCUGUUCCGUGAUGAGCUGGUACGGCGCUCUGCCGUCCAGUAUGUCCACGAUCUCACCAAGAAUCCGGACGAGAUGGAGGUCCGCGAGAAGCUGUCGCGGGUGAAGGAGUCCAAGAGUCGCGUGCUGGUCUUGUUCUGUGAGCCAGGUCUGGCGCAGCAGAUCUUCCACGUGGCCAAACGAUUGAAUCUAAUUGGUACCGGAUGGGUGUGGAUCAUCACCGAUUGGAGUUAUACAACCAGCGAUGAUGCCUUGGAAAAUUAUCCCCACGGGAGUUUGGCUGUGAAAUUACGCGAACCGAGCUUUAGCCAGAUUAGCCAAACGGCACUGGACGCCGUAUCCGGCGCGGCGGCCAAAUUACCGGCACCGCUUAUCAGUCGGCUGCAGGAUAAAACGGUUAGGCCACUCAGCUGCUGGACUGAUACGCAAAUGCCGGCUAAUGUACAGAAAUCCCUCAAAAACUAUACAGAUGAAAUUCAGUUGUCCAUGCAGAAGGCAUUCACUGAAAGAGACCGGGUGUCGUUUGAGAUUAUGGGGCUGAUACAGGCAAAAACGCGCCAUCGUUGGAGACGCAUCGGCAACAUCACAUCCGUCGGUCUGCAGACACCCGCUGCAGUAGCAUGGGCGGCGACCGAACGUAUGGCCGGUGCGCUGACCGAGUCCCGGGGUCAUCUGCGUGUUGUGACUAGAAUAAGUCAUCCGUUUACCAUUGAGGAUGAUGUCUGCGGGAAUUACGUGACGGUGGUGAAUGGUAACGUUGCUGGUGCUACCAAGAACAAGGAUGACCUUAGGGAUAUAUUUGCUGAAUUCGAGAACGGUCUGCAGAACAGCGAAGGACGAUAUAAUUUCUCGUGUUGCAAAGGCUUGGCAAUGGAGUUACUACAAGCCCUCAGCCGGGAUGUUGGCUUUGACUUUGACACGUACAUCGUGGCGGACGGAAAGGACGGGACGCUGGCCGAGCACUCCAACAUGUGGGACGGCAUCGUCGGCGACGUAGUGUCCGGUGCCGCCCACAUGGGCAUUGGGCCAAUCAGUGUCACCACCCACCGCAAACACUCGGUGGACUUCUCCAGUCCCUUUUAUUAUUCCAAAUUCUCUUUCCUGGUAGCCACAACAAAAGCCAAAGUCAAAUUAUCGGCAUUCCUUGAGCCGUUCAGUUGGAAAUUAUGGAUUGCCAUCUUUUCUGCUCUACAUGCCACUGCGAUUGCUGCCGCAAUAUUUGAAUGGAUAAGUCCAUUCGGAUUAAAUCCAACCGGAAGAAUGAGGAGUCAGAAUUUUACAUUAGCUACGGCUCUGACAACGGUUUACAGUUUAUUCUUUAGCCACGUUAUGGCUUUCAAGGCACCAAAGUCAUGGCCAAACAAAGUGCUAAUUAAUUUCUGGGGGAGUUUUUGUUUCAUCAUUCUAGCAAGUUACACAGCAAACCAUGCCGCAAUAUACGCUGGACUAAGCAAUAAACCGAAUUUCGAUAAUAUCUUCGACAACGAAGAUUUGUUAGCAAGGAAAGUCGCAACUAUAAAAGGAAGUUCUGCUGAAAUAUUUAUCAAAAAUAUUAAUGCACAAUUACAUGCGCACAUGAAACAACAUCGAUAUUUCGUGGAAACAGUCGAGGAGGCAGUGGAAAAGCUCAAAAAUGGAAGCCUGGAUGCAUUCAUUUACGACGCAGCUCUUCUGGACUACGUGCAAGCCAAUGAUAAAAACUGCUCUCUGAAUACUGCCGGAGCUGCGUUUGGUAGUUUGGGAUAUGCUGUGGCGUUUCCAAAGGGUUCAUGGCUUAGGACAUCAGUCAGCAUGGCAAUCCUCAAGUACAUGGAGAAUGGAUUUGUGGAUGACCUUAAUCGGAAAUGGUUUGGUGGACUACCGUGCAGUUUGCGAUCCGAAGCCACAAUCGACCAGCUGGAGCCGCGUGCCUUGGGUUUAGAGGAUUUCGCGGGUGUCUUUGUCUUGUUGGCCACCGGCGGUGCGGUGGGCAUUCUCAUUCUGGGAUUGGAGCACGUUGUGUAUCGCUGUCUUCCGCGUCUGAGACGCUCUCCCAAGAACAGUAUUUGGCGUAGCCGACAUGUGAUGUUUUUUUCGCAAAAGCUUUAUCGCUUCAUCAACUGCGUGGAUUUGGUGUCGCCCAAUUCCAGUGCCAAAGAAUUUGCUUCUUCGCUCAAACAAGGACAGUUUAUUGGAAUGUUUCAAAAGAGUGUCAAGAAGCGCGCCAAGGAGGAAGAAUUGCAGCAAAAGCGCACCCGCAACGCCGAAAACUUCUUCGAGACCAUCCAUGAGCUGACGCGCAAUCUUCGCGAAACCCUUCCCGCCCAGUCGUCCACGGAAACCGACGACAUCCUCGCCGACGCCCAGCCGACCUCCAAAACCCCACAAAACGGUGACCUUUUGCAGCAGCUCCGCCACAUUGACAGCGAGAACGUUGUGAAAAACGCCGAACGGAAAAAACCUUCCAUCUUAUCCAAGAAACUCAGCCGGCAAGAACAUGUCCAAACGGGCUCAUCGGAAACCGAAGAUGAUAACAUCAUCCGCUCCUUCCCGGAUUUCCAGAAAUCCAUCAAGAAAGCGACGAUCAGCGUGGGUUCACUAAAAGACGCGUCCAAAGCUUCCACCAGCGCCAUCAAUAUCCUUAAAGAAAUACCGCGGAAGCCAGCGGAGAAACAAGCCAGUAUUACACCAUCAGAUGCACCGAAGAAAUCGGUGUGGGUGACCCGGGACGCGGCGACCAAUAGCAUGUCGGACGACGAAACCAGUAGCCCGACCACGCCCCUGGCGGCAGCAGCACCGGCCAAUAAGGCCGCGUCACCUUUGGACGAACACUAUCCGUACACUUCACUACGGGACUGGGAUGAUGUGGAUAUUGAGGAUAUUAGCAAGCAGGAUCUGAUUAAAAUGUGGCAGUCAGCGGAAUGUGAUCUGCGACUACAGAUACAGAAAUUGGCGAAGGAGAAGAAUGAACUGUUGGAGGAAAAGGGCAAGCGCGCCGGUCGACGCGAUCGUGGCUCAUUCAAUACAAAAUCAACUUCCAUGCACUAGGGCGCUCUCUUGACUCGCAAAGGGUGUUUUUUAGGGUGAUAAUUUAUUUUUGACUGUGAUGGCAGAGAAAUCUGUUAAUCUUUAUUCGGUGCAUACAAUGCCAGUGAACAAAAGCUCUCAUCUGCUGCGCGAUGGCAGAAUCAUCUCACAAAAUACGUAUUAAA